CAGGUAGGAGAAGGACGAGGAACAGUGGGGGUUUUUGUUCCAAGCCUGUGCAGCGCUAAGGAAUCCAGUGAUUGUCUUGGCUGCCUGUAGGUUGGCUUUUUUACUUUUAAUUUUUAUUUUUUUUUAAUGAGAUUUUAGCGUGAGGUGGGGGACCGGGGGUGGGGGGGCCUCUUUUCUAGCCUGGUGGUGAAAUUGCAGCAGUUUGCGUGUGCUGGAGCCGGGAAAAUGGAGGCUGUGAUAGAGAAGGAGUGCAGCGCGCUCGGAGGGCUCUUCCAGACCAUCAUCAGCGACAUGAAGGGAAGCUACCCAGCUUGGGAAGACUUUAUAAAUAAAGCGGGGAAGCUGCAGUCUCAGCUGAGGACUACAGUAGUAGCAGCUGCUGCCUUCUUGGAUGCCUUUCAGAAAGUGGCUGACAUGGCUACUAACACACGUGGUGGUACCAGAGAAAUUGGGUCUGCCCUAACCAGAAUGUGCAUGAGGCACAGAAGUAUAGAGUCCAAACUCAGGCAGUUUUCAAGUGCUUUAAUUGACUGUCUGAUAAACCCACUUCAAGAACAGAUGGAAGAGUGGAAGAAAGUGGCCAAUCAACUGGAUAAAGACCAUGCAAAAGAAUACAAAAAAGCCCGACAGGAGAUAAAAAAGAAAUCGUCAGACACACUGAAGCUACAGAAGAAAGCAAAGAAAGGAAGAGGAGACAUCCAGCCGCAGUUGGACAGUGCAUUACAAGAUGUCAAUGAUAAGUACCUACUUCUGGAAGAAACAGAGAAACAGGCUGUUAGGAAGGCCCUCAUUGAAGAGCGUGGCCGAUUCUGUACUUUCGUCUCGAUGCUACGGCCUGUGAUAGAAGAAGAAAUUUCAAUGCUAGGAGAAAUAACCCACUUACAGACCAUUUCAGAUGACCUGAAAAGCCUCACCAUGGACCCUCACAAACUGCCAUCUUCAAGUGAACAGGUAAUUCUAGAUUUGAAAGGUUCAGAUUACAGCUGGUCAUAUCAGACGCCUCCAUCUUCUCCCAGUACUACCAUGUCUAGAAAGUCCAGUGUUUGCAGCAGUCUGAACAGCGUUAACAGUAGUGAUUCCCGGUCAAGUGGCUCACACUCUCACUCACCUAGUUCACACUAUCGCUAUCGCAGCUCCAAUCUGCCACAGCAGGCACCCAUGAGAUUGUCCAGUGUGUCAUCCCAUGAUUCUGGAUUCAUGUCCCAGGAUGCUUUCCAGUCCAAAUCGCCAUCCCCCAUGCCACCAGAAGCUCCUAACCAGAAUUCGUCCAGCUCUGCCUCUUCAGAAGCCUCUGAAACCUGCCAGUCAGUGAGCGAGUGCAGUUCCCCCACCUCAGUCAGCUCAGGCUCCACCAUGGGGGCUUGGGCCUCCACAGAGAAGUUGUAUAAUGGGUUUUAUCACUGUAGUUUACCAAGUGACCCAUCCGUAGCUUCAUUUGGUGCAGGUUCUUUCCCUCAUUACCUGCCUGCAUCCCGCGCAUGGAGUCGGGCUUCCUCAGCCCUCCAUCCAGACUACGUUCAUUAUUACACCAUUGGGCCUGGCAUGUUACCAUCAUCUAAGAUCCCUAGCUGGAAGGAUUGGUCUAAGCCCGGCCCCUAUGACCAGCCUACGGCAAACACCUUGCAACGCCGCAAAGAAAAACGUGAGCCAGACCCUAAUGGAGGAGCCCAGAGCGGACCACUUCUGCCCACUGAGGAGGCCCAGAGACCUCGGAGUAUGACUGUGUCAGCAGCCACAAGGCAAGGAGAGGAGAUGGAAGCAUGUGAGGAGCUGGCUUUGGCUCUGACAAGGGGUCUGCAGCUGGACACCCAGAGAAGCAGCAGGGAUUCCUUACAGUGUUCCAGUGGCUACAGCACUCAGACCACCACGCCUUGCUGUUCAGAGGACACUAUUCCAUCACAAGAACUGGCGGGGAGCAAGGAGGGGCUGAGCCGGAUUCCGUUCCUCUCGCAUCAACAGAACUGUGGACUAAGCCUGGAUCAGUUGCACCUGGGCAAGUCUGUUAAAGUUUCAGAUUACGAUUAUUUCUCAGUGAGUGGUGACCAGGAGGCAGAACAACAAGAAUUCGACAAAUCUUCAACCAUUCCGAGAAACAGCGACAUCAGCCAGUCCUACCGGCGAAUGUUCCAGGCCAAGCGCCCUGCUUCUACUGCUGGCCUGCCAACAACUCUGGGACCGGUGAUAGUUACACCUGGUGUAGCAACCAUCAGACGGACCCCUUCCACCAAGCCUUCGGUCAGGCGGGGCACCAUCGGGGCAGGCCCUAUUCCAAUCAAGACCCCAGUCAUUCCUGUCAAAACACCCACUGUACCAGACGUCCCGGGGGGACUGCCAGGCACCCUGGCUGGGGCAGAAGAAUCUGCUGAGCAGAGUCCUGAGUCUCCCUCAGCAGAUGGUGGCCAAGGAGCCAUGCCUUCUUCCUCGUGGAGCGGACAAGCAUCUGUCAACCCUCCACCACCCAGCCAGAAACUGAGUACUACUGAUGAACAGAGGCAAGCAGUUCCUGAAAGUGAGGGAGAAGAAAGUGAGAAGGAGAGUUCCAGCAUGCUUGCGCCCCCAUGCCAGCCACAGUCGGACCUGGGGGACACGAGUCCUGGAGACGCCCCACAAGGUGAAGACAUGCUCAAUGCCAUUCGCCGUGGCGUCAAGCUGAAGAAGACCACCACCAACGACCGCUCGGCACCUCGUAUUUCCUAGACGUGAGAACACUGCCAGAGUACUAGUCACUGAGAAUGAACUGUGACAAAACCUUACCUGUCUCUAUCCAUUCCAAUCUGUAAUCAAAUGAUUUUGUAGGAAACUCGGUAACAGACAGUUUUGAAAAUACUCUAAAAGAGAAAAUGAGAAGAAAGUGCAUAGUAACAGACAUGCUCCUCACUGGUGUUUUAAUUUGUAAAUACCAACGAUUUUGUUUCUGCACAUUUUUGAUCCAAGCUAUGCUUUUAUUUUCUGAAGGUGCCAAAUCCCAUUUAACUUUUUUAUAACUUUGUAAAGUUUUCAGUGCAUAGGAGAACAAAGUUAAGUCAUUAACUUCAGCAAGGGGAUUUAAUGCAUUUGGCUUUUUUGCAAGCUUUUUUAGAGCGCCUUGUAAUAGUGAGGUUAAACACAAAUGGGACUUAUUUUAAAGUUUUUAAGUGAACCAGUAAGGAAUAGAUCCUCAUCUAAGUAUAAUGAAAUGUGUUCAUACAAAAAGCAGGAAUGGCAAUUGACAAUAAAAGCAAUAUAAUGCAAGGAAGAAACCUGCAAUUGGUAGAAUAUUUGGGAAGAACGCGGGAGGGGAAUGCCAUCAAAAUAGCAGAUGCUGUUGCACAAAGUAGCCUAGUAGGAUUAAUUACUAGAAGCUUCAUGGUAAAUGCAUCAGAAUAAGCCAUAUUGGAUUGCAGUGUUUGUUUCUCUGGGUGUUUAAAGAUAACCCCCCUCCCCGCCCACAUUUCUUGUCCACAGAGCAACAACUUGAAGUCACAUGCAUGCUGCUGUCACUGUGUAGGCUUAGUUCUUCCUCAUUCACUUUCUGUUCUGCUCAUCCUUUCAUUGAAGUUCAAAAAAGUUCAAGAGGCUUAAGGCAGUUACAAAUGUGAAGACAUUUUAAAAUGUCGGCAGGGAGUUCUUAGAUAUAUCAAAAUGCCUUUUACUGACUGUGCCCAGCAGGCUGGGCACCUUGAAAAGCCCAAAUAUUUUAAGAAAACAUUUAAUGGUUUGACAGCGGUAACCAGCUUGACAUCUAGAAAAUUGCAGAUGUUUCUUUCCGAUACAGGGGCUUGUUUUUCUUACCUUCUUUUAAAUGGCAGAUGAUUGGCUUUUACUAAAUACUGAAAGGGAGGGGGUGGGGGGAGGGGUGACUGAUUUUUAUUUAAUGUUACGGGGAGGCUGACCACUAUAUUCUCUUUUGUAUCCUAGGUAAUGUACUUUUGGAAUGUUAUUGAUAGAAUUAUAGAUAAGUUGUUUUUUUUCCUUCAAGUAAAAAUAAGUUAUUGCUGCGAUACCCAUCUCCUAAAGCCAAGAGAAAUGUGGAGAACUCAGGGUGACACUAGUGUUCAGUCCAAAAGGGUACCUGCAGUCUGCCUGUCCACAUCAGAACCGUGCAUGAGAGCGACACCAGACUUCUUUACAUUUGUGACUGUUAACAUGCAUCAAAAAAACUGUGUAAGGGGCUUGUUUGCACCCGACACCCUGCAGAUUUCUCUUGGCUCUAGUCUUGCCUACAUAACCUCUUAUGCUUUAAUACAUAACUGCAUUGGGUGUGAGCCUUGUAACUGUAUAGUCACUGUGUUCUAUAUAACAUUUUACACUGCUGUGGUUGCUUAACAUUUUUGUUACGGCUUUAAAGCAAAAAAGGCAUGAUUCUUAGAAGAUGUUAAACCUUCCUUUCUUUGAAAAACAAGCUCCUUCUUACAGAAUAUAAUAAACAGUAGUGCCUGUGGUGUAGCCCACCAAUCUUGAAUCAAGUAGCUGAUGCAUUGUGCAAAUGAGGCUUUGAGAUGGUUUUUGCUUAAACAAAAACUGAUAGGAGAUAAUAGGUAAAAGUGUUAUUUAAACCUUUGAAAUAAAUGGAUGUAACUGUACCGGAGUACAGCUUUUCACUUGUUUAGUUCUUAAACGUUAGUAUAAUCUCAGUAAAAUUUAAUAUAAAAUGUUGCCAAAUUCAAUGUAGAAAGAAUGUGACAAGACCCUUUGGAUAGUUCUAUUGUUUGUGUUUUUGCAUAUUGUAAAAGCAGUGUCACAGCUAAAAAUAAAAUGUUUCUAAUGGUAAAUUAUUGUGGUUUAGUUGCUAGUUUGUACUGAGAGUUGACCUCUCUGUGUGCAGUUUUUUGUUCUAAACUGGUAUAAAUAAUUGCUGUAACUGUGUCUCCCUUCUACAUUGUAAUGAUUGCUUCAGCCUACAUUAUAAAUAAAGAACUGCUGGAAAA